AUGCCUAUUUACGAAGUUAAGGCUUUUUGGGAUGAAUAUGAAGUUAAGGCUUUUAAUCAACCCCUGAAUGAAGAAGAACUGAAGGGUAUAUUCAAGAAGCACGACAAAAAUGGCAAUGGACGUCUGUCGAGAAAAGAGCUGAAAAAAACCUUUGAAGAACUUGGAGCUUGGAUUCCCGACUGGAGAGCUUUGCGGGACUUUGCAACGCAGAUGCCAAUGCUGAAGGGUAUAUUCAAGAAGCACGACAAAAAUGGCGAUGGACGUCUGUCGAGGAAAGAGCUGAAAAAAGCCUUUGAAGAACUUGGAGCUUGGAUUCCCGAUUGGAGAGCUUGGCGCGGCCUUUCCAAUGCUGAUGCCAAUGGCGAUGGAUUCAUCUCCGAGGAGGAGAUGAACAGUCUCGUCUUAUAUGCUAUGCGGUUUGGUUAUACUGUUAAGUAA